ACAGUGCUAUUUUUAGUCUGUAAUGUUUAUAUAUCUGCAAUUUGUGUUUGACUGGGCGCAAAUGUUUUUGUCGAGUUCAUGUCAAGAAAAUACACUCCCGAUGUAGCCGAGUUGCUUCCUGUUCGCCAGUACCGCUGCGAGCAUUGCAGUGAUCAGGUAUUUGGCAAUCAAAGUCACUAUCAACUGCACUUGCGACGACGUCAUAAGCUGAACGUUAUAAGCAACGAGGCGGAUGUGUCAAGUUAUCAUUGUCCCGUGGAUAAAUGUGUUUAUCAUGCUGAUCGGCAAGACGGACGCGGCUUUGCCAACCUUCGAUUUCUGCGGCAACACUACCAAAAGAUCCAUAUGGCCAAGGAGUACAAAUGCAAUGAAUGCAACGAAACAUUCUUGCUCGAACGUCAUCUGGAGAAGCAUCAGUGUGGUUCGAUUUAUACAUGUCCCGUCUGCAGUCUCACCUAUACGAGCAAGGCGAGCCUUCAAACCCAUAUGCGGCGCAAGAACCACUUGAACACGCCAACGGAGCCAUCGGGAGUGCCAAAAGUUCCGCUUUCUUCCUUGAGGACGUGGAAAAAGUCUCAGGAAAUGUCGGACACAGCAAAUAGUGCAGAACCCGCUGUGAAAGUGAUGACACCUCCUGUAGAAGAACGUAUACAUCCAAUGGAGCUGUCUAUGCAACCCAUAUAUUAUUGCCUGCCAGCUAUAGAGGUUCCAUAUACCCUGGAAUUGCCAACACAGACUGAAAAUGUCGUUGAGAUAAAUACUGAAGUGAACAUGGAACAGGAGUCAGUUAGCCAUAAUAAUGAGCUGCCCAUUCCCAGUUUUACGGAUGAGGAAGUCGAGCGACUUUUGCGCGAUAUGGAAACUCAAACGGAUGAUGUUGAUCUCGAUGCACUGGACAUGAACAAUGAGGUGCUGGUACCGCUGCUGCGCAACAUACAAACUCAGACUCUAGACAAUAGACAGCACCAAAGUACAAUGACGGAAUUGGAUCUUGAGCCGGAGGGAAAUGCAACAAGCGAAUUUAAUGCCUACCCAGAACAGGAAGCGAUGUUUGGUCUACAGACUGGUCUUCAGGCUCACAUGCACACCCAGACCUGUGAUGAACUCUUCGAGGAGCUCGGCUUGUCUCACAUACAAACACAAACACAUUGUCCCGAUGGUCUCUACAAUACCCAGCACACACAGACAUGCGAUGAGAUGCUAGAUGAAUUCCUGGAGAACUUCCAAUCGACUUGCACACAGACCAGAUGGUUAGAUUGGCAGGAAACAGAAGAUCCUAGUAAUUAAGAAGGGUUACAUUUGUUACAAAAGGGUUUAAUUGGUUUUCAGACUUGUUUCACAUUUAAGUAUAUACAAGAUAAUCACAAUA